CGGAUCUCCGCCCCUAUCAUCCGAACGAAGUUUUCGGGGUCUCCAGCACAACAAAUCUUGGCAUCAAAGUGCGGGCAUGACGUCCGAAACUCAGUACUCGGUAUCACCGCCCCUGGCGACGCCCGGGACCGUAGCUGUGAACCCCCGGAAGAGGGGCAGGACUGCGUGUACGAGAUGCAAAAGUCGUAAGCAAAAGUGUGACGACCAGUAUCCUAUUUGCUCCAAUUGUCGUAAAUCAGGAGCACAGUGUGAUAAGGCAGAUGUCGCCGACGAGGCUUCAUCGAUUGCGUACACACGGGCUUUGGAAGAGCGAGUAGCUUUCUUGGAGAACAAGCUAGCUCAAAUCCCUACUCCAGAAGCAACCGAAACUCCGAGGGAAACCGCAAGCAACUACUCGGUUCCAUCGGGUAGAGACAAAAAUGCCCUUAGUGACGUAGUAGCACACGUCUCGCUAGGAAACUUUGAGGCUCCAGCCUACGUUGGACCAUCAUCGGGACUCUCCCUAGCUCUGAACCUUGGCGAGAUGGUUCAAGCGACUGUCUGGAAUAAGAUGUUGCCAGACAUCCAGGAUGGAACUGCGGGCAAUCAGGCUAAUUGCAUCAAUCCUAGUCCGAGAUGCAUCACAGUGGAAGAUCUCCUGGCUCAUAGUGUCAAGGAGCCUCCGAGUGAUGAACAGGGGUCUCAGAUGCUCAAGGCGUACACAUCUCAGCUGCACUCCAAGUAUCCCUUCCUUGAGCCCGAAGAGUUGUGGAAGUUGCAUAGCGAGAGACUUACCCUGGCUGCCAAGCCAACGCAAACUCUUACAAGGAUUGAACGCUUCGGUAUCUUCAAGCUGUAUCUUGUAUACGCUAUGGGGGCAACUUUAGUGCAACUGACUCAAAGGGGGCCAGUGUUCUCUCCAGAGGCUCUUUAUAUCACUGCUUUGCAACACAUCUCAGCAGCCAGGGAAUCAAGAACAGUCCAAAAUAUUGAGGCAAUGACGUUGCUAGUGAUGUUUCACCUUCGGUCAACAUCUAGCCAUGGGCUGUGGUACAUGAUUGGCCUAGCAAUGAGAACAUCAAUCGAUCUAGGCUUACAUCGCGCGGCACACGAACAAAAUCUUGAUGGCCCUAUUGUUCAGAGAAGACGCAGGCUUUUUUGGUCUGUCUAUUCUCUCGAAAGAACCAUAGCAGUUUCACUCGGCCGGCCUCUAAGCAUCGCAGACAACCAGAUCGACGUUGAGCUUCCUAAUACCAUAAUAAAUGGAAGCCCAUCUGCUUCGGUUAUCGUCGGAAACGACAUUACGCUGGCACUUGUUCUUUUCAAGCUUCGCAGGAUCGAGUCCAAGAUUCAUCACUCGGUCUAUCGCACGGACAAGACUUUGGACGCACUCCGGCCCAAACUAGACCGGCUGCAUCAGGAACUCAAAUUCUGGCGGGACUCUCUGGCGGACUGGAUUCCGGCAGGCCACUCAGAUCUGAAUUACGCGCUCCUGCUCUACAAUCGUGCUCUCCGUCUUCUGAUCCAGCCAUUCCUGCCGAUAUUACCAGCAACAGACCCGUUCUACGGGCUGUGUAUGCGAGCCGCGGGUGAUAUAUGCCAAGCACAUAAGAGAUUACAUCAGACGCUGGACUACGGCCACAGCUUCAUCGCAGUCCAAACAGUGUUUGUUGCAGGAGUCACUCUUGUGUAUGGACUCUGGACCCAAGGCAAUGCUCUUUGGUCAGUGGCUUUGUCAAACGAUAUUAGAGCUUGCUCCCUGGUGCUCUUCGUCAUGAGCGAGAGGGCCCCCUGGGUACGUAAGUACCGAGACGCUUUCGAGGUACUUGUGAAUGCAGCUAUGGAAAAGCUUCAGGAUAACGAGGCUGGUCUUGCUGAGAUGGCCUCGGCCCAAAUGAGAGCCGGGAAAGCAUCGGGUGCUACUGAGUGUUGUGGAAUGCAGAAUCCUGACCUUAGUGGGAACGAAACCACGACACGCCCGAUUGACAGCAGUUCCAAUCAGUUCUUGAUGUCUGAAGAUGGUGGGAUAGCGGUGGGAGAGUUCGAGGGCGCUUGGCCGAUGGUCGCAGAGCUUGCGAAUUGGAUUGAUCAGGAUACUGAAGGAGGAAGCCCUGUAUGGAUGCCGAAUUUCGAGCUGUUGCAAAGCCUUUCAGGCACCUGGAACGAAUAAUGCGGCCAUUUCACAUUGAUUACACAAUUGGUACGUCAUGGUAUGGUGUUCAAUGAAGGCAUUGUCCUUAACUGCUCGUUCUUUGGCAGAAACUGCCGUUGCUCGGAAGGGGCCGUUGUAGCAUUUUGAUCAUUUGCUGCAAAUGUGGAAAUACUGAUUGAUUUUGUGAGUCAAGUAAUUGAAGAUUCUCUACAUUUCCAGUCAAAACUUAGUCUCGGGA